AUGUCAAAUUUCGGUAGAUUGAAUGGUUCUGAAAGCCAAAAAGGUAGCAUUUAUGAACAUGGGACCGAUUACGAGGGUAUAUUUAGAGAAUUGGAUGUGAAUAACUCUGGACAAUUGACGCUAGAUGAAUUCCGUAAUAUUCUGAAAGUACUUCGUUAUCCAGUCGGCGAGGGCUCUGAGUUUAUUGAUAAGAUGUUUGCGUCAAUAGAUAAGAAUGACGAUAAGGCAAUUGACUUAGAUGAUUUCAGAUCGUACUUGAUAGCGACGGAUGAUCAAAUUAUAAAAGGGUUCAAGAAAAUAGAUAGAAAUAAUGAUGGAAAGUUGAAUUUCGAGGAAUUUUCGAAUUAUAUGAAUGAGACUCUCAAUUUGAAUGCCACUAGGGAAAAGAUGGAGAUAAUGUUCAAAAAGAUUGCUCAAAAAGAUACAGAAUACAUAAAUUUUGAUGAAUUCCGUAACUUUUUGUUAUUGGUACCACGGUCAGGGGGGUCAAGACUUAAGACAGCCUUUAUGUUUCUUGUAAAUGGACUUGAUAUUUCUUCCGAUGGAGAUGUCAAUAUGAACCAGCUGCUUUUGAAUGGGUUUGGCUUGUUCUUAGCAGGAGGGGUGGCAGGUGUUAUUUCGCGGACCUGUACCGCGCCGUUCGAUAGAAUCAAGACAUUCUUAAUUUCCAGGUCCGACUUGUCGUCUCUCGUGAUACGUUCGAAGGCAGAAAUCAGUAAGGCCAUUGCAGAUAAUGCAUCUCCUCGAGUUAUAGAGGAAGCAAAACAAAACCAUCGUGCAGUUAAGAAUGCUGCGAAGCAAGUGACAAAUCCCAAAAAAAUCAGAUCACCCUUGAUCCAGGCUGCGAGAACUUUAUACUUGCAGGGGGGACUUAGAGCGUUUUUCGUAGGUAAUGGAUUGAAUACUGUAAAAAUUUUUCCCGAAUCAGCAGUAAAGCUUGGUGUAUUUGAGGCUACCAAACGGUCUCUUGUAACAAUCGAAGGAGUGCGCGACCCAUCAGAAUUAUCAACUAUUUCAACGUACUUAGCAGGUGGUAUUGGUGGGGUUAGUGGCCAAUUGACGUCCUAUCCAAUUGAUACUCUAAAAUUCAGAUUGCAGUGUUCAAAUAUAAAGUCAGAUAUUCGAGGCAAUGAACUUUUGAUCAGAAUUGCAAAAGAAUUAUAUCAAGAGGGCGGUGUGCGUAUCUACUAUAGAGGAGUUUUAGCUGGAUUGGGAGGAAUGUUUCCUUUCGCAGCCCUCGAUUUAGGUACAUUCACAACCAUAAAGAACUGGCUCGUUAAAAGAGAAAGCAUAAAGAGCGGUAUAAAGGAGGAAGAUGUCAAAUUACCAAACUAUGUGAUUUUAGCCUUGGGUGCAUUUUCAGGUUCUUUUGGUGCUAGUGCAGUAUACCCUGUAAACGUAUUAAGAACUAGAUUACAAGCCCAAGGAACGCACGCGCACCCAUAUACGUAUAAUGGAUUUUUUGAUGUCCUCCGCAAGACACUUGCCAGAGAGGGCGUUUCUGGGUUGUAUAAGGGUCUUGUGCCUAAUCUCGCCAAAGUUGCACCUGCCGUGUCGAUAAGUUACUAUAUUUACGAGAGAUUGAAAUUCACAUUCAAACUCGAGAAAACCCAACCAAUAUAG